UCAGCCCUGGUCGCAAUAACAAAGCAAUUUCUUCGCGUUUUUUGGUCACCAAUUUAAUUUUCAUUUAGCUAGCUAGAGUCGCGACCGAUAGUGCAUUUUUAUUUUGUUCCCUUCACCCGUUUGCUUGUUGCCCCUGUGUAGAUUUUCUUUUGCAUGUUUCGCGGGACAGGGCAAAAGAUAGUUUGCACGGAGAACAACCAAGCAAGACUUCCCGACCUUCGCGACGAAAGGGGAGCUCAUUGAAAUGCAGAACUACGGCUCCGGAGCAGCAGCGGCGGCAUCGCCACCACCAGCCGCGGCUCCGGCCGUCAAACGCCGUACGGACAGCUACGAAGCUGCCCAGCACCAUCCACAGUCACCACCAGAGAGCGGAGAGGAUGAUUAUGUGAACACCAGGAUCUUGCGACGACAGGCUCAGCUGCAGUCGACUCCGGUGGUGCCAGUGGUGCCCCUGCAAACCGCCCAAUCCGUCGAAGGUCAUGUGGAGCAUCCAGAGUUUCCCGGAUCGUCUGCCACCUCGUACCAGGAGGAGCGAAUGCGAAGGAAACUGCAGUUCUUCUUCAUGAAUCCCAUCGAGAAAUGGCAGGCGAAGCGAAAGUUUCCCUACAAGUUUGUCGUCCAGAUUGUGAAAAUCUUUCUGGUGACGAUGCAACUGUGCCUUUUUGCCCACUCGCGGUAUAACCAUAUUAACUACACGGGUGAUAACCGCUUUGCCUUCUCGCACUUGUUCCUCCGCAACUGGGACUCCUCGAGGGAGGUGGAGAGCUAUCCGCCGGCAGUCGGUCCCUUUGCCCUCUAUCUCAAAUCGGAAUUCUUCGACACCGUUCAGUACGCUGUAAACGGUUAUGCGAACGUAAGCCGAUCGAUCGGCCCUUAUGACUACCCCACCCCGAAUAAUACUAUGCCGCCGCUGAAGCUCUGCCUGCAGAACUACCGCGAGGGCACCAUAUUCGGAUUCAAUGAGUCCUACAUCUUCGAUCCCCACAUCGAUGAGGUGUGCGAGGCUCUGCCCCCGAAUGUGACCACCAUCGGGGUGGAAAAUUAUCUCCGACAGCGCGGUGUGGAGGUUAACUUUGCAUCGCUCGUCUCUGCGCAGCUAACAUUUAAAAUCAAGACCGUGAACUUCAAGGCCAAUGGUGGGCCUCUAUCCGCUCCAGAUUGUUUCAGAUUUGACAUCUCCAUUCUGUUCAACAAUCGGGAUCAUGACGGACAAAUGCUAUUAUCCCUGGACGCUGAAGCCACGCGAUUGAAGUGUCACGGAGCCACGGACUUCAUUUCGGAGGCUAAUUUCGAUGCCAUGCUGCGAAGUGUACUCAACAUCUUUGUCCUGUUAACCUGCGCCCUGUCCUUUGCACUCUGCACCCGUGCCCUGUGGAGAGCUUACUUGCUGAGAUGCACGACAGUGAACUUUUUCCGGAAUCACUUUGGCAAGGAGCUCAGUUUUGACGGGCGAUUGGAGUUUGUUAAUUUUUGGUACAUCAUGAUCAUUUUUAAUGACAUACUGCUGAUUAUUGGAUCCGCCCUCAAGGAGCAAAUCGAGGGCAGGUACAUGGUGGUAGACCAAUGGGACACAUGCUCUCUUUUCCUUGGCAUCGGUAAUCUUCUGGUGUGGUUUGGAGUUCUUCGAUAUCUGGGAUUCUUCAAAACCUACAACGUGGUUAUACUGACCCUGAAGAAGGCGGCACCAAAGAUUCUACGAUUCCUCAUAGCUGCCCUGCUGAUCUACGCAGGAUUCGUUUUCUGCGGCUGGCUGAUCCUUGGACCCUACCACAUGAAGUUCCGCUCCCUGGCCACCACAUCGGAGUGUCUGUUUGCCCUGAUCAACGGUGACGAUAUGUUCGCCACCUUCGCCACUUUGUCGAGCAAGGCUACGUGGCUGUGGUGGUUCUGCCAGAUCUACUUGUACUCGUUCAUAUCGCUGUACAUCUAUGUGGUUCUGUCGCUCUUCAUUGCUGUAAUCAUGGAUGCCUACGAUACGAUCAAAGCAUACUACAAGGACGGCUUCCCAACCACUGAUCUCAAGGCAUUUGUGGGCACACGCACCGCAGAGGACAUUAGCUCCGGCGUGUUUAUGAACGACCUGGACGACUUUGAUCAGACAAACUUCGUGGACGUGGUGAAGAGUCUCUGUUGCUGUGGACGCUGCCGGCGUGACCAGGAGCCUCCACAGGCCACCAGCGGCUAUACCAGCCUGUCAAGUAUUAUGAAGUAACUGGGUGCGCCAUUUAGAUAGUCACAGGUCUUCUAUUUGUUUUGUUUUGUCAGCUUUACGUGUGUAGUCGAACUUAUUGUUAGCUUUUUGUAUUAAUUUUUGUUUUGUUUGCCAAAGCACUUGAACCGAGAUAAGCGUAAUCGAAAUGUAUGUACGUAUCUACGAUAA